AUGCAUAGAUUUUUAUGUUCUACCAAUUUAUAUCACAAUUCCAUCCAUGGUUUAACAUUAGCUGCUAACAAUACUGUUGAAAGUUUAUGUAUUCAAAAAAUACAAUGUUCAUACUGCCGAAAUAUUCUUUUAGGUCAGCUCAACUCAGAAAAACUAAUUUCUGUGAGACAACAGUCUACGCGAACGGCUAGUGUUUUAAGGUCACUCAAGAAAAAAGCGAAACACAAAGUUUAUAAGCAUUAUGGUGAACUUCUUGCAGUUGGUGAAAAAGAAAUGACUGAAACUAAGGUAUCAAUAAGUAAAUUACGUGCUGUGCAUCUUUCUAAAAUUGCUUCUAGUUCAGUAUCUCUUGGACAACUGCAUCAGCUAACAACAAAGCCAGCAAAAAAAUCUAAUAUAACUGAAGUUGAUCCAGAGUUACUUAAAAGUGUAAGAGAUAAAAUAUUAAGUAGCUCUAAACCUGCUUCUAAGGAAAUUAAGCUAGAAGAUGAUAAUUGUGCAUUACUUUAUACUCAUCAUGCAGCAAUUGAUAAUAGCUUCAAAACCAAACAAUUCAUAGAAAUGGUUAAAGAGAGUUACUAUAAUUUUAGAAGAUCCACUAUUUAUGAUCAACGACUUCAAGAUCUCAGAUAUGCAAUAAAUAAAGGUCUCACACAAGAGUUUGAUGUGGAAAUGCCAAAAACAAAUAUAAAAGAUGAAAUAGAUAAAUAUGAUUUACCUAAGAGUCCACAUACAGUUUUCAGAGAGCUUUUUGUAGACAAUCACCUGGAUAGUUAUGACCAAGAACUAAUGGCUCACAUAUCCACAAUGCAAUCUCGUGGUAUAGCGCAUCCAGCAGUGGAUGAAAUUUUAGAUGAGACAGGGCUACACAACGAGAUAUCUGACAUGAGAGAAGAUCAUGACAGUGAACAAAUUGACUACAUCCCUGAAACAAUACAAGCCAAAACAUUGAAAAUUAAAAAAGUUAAAGAAACUAUGAAGGCGAAAAGAAAAGCACAGCGUGAAAAACGCCGCGCUCUGCAGGAGAUAAACAUGAAGGAAGACAUCAAACAGCUGGAGAAGCGUGGUAAGCAAGAGUCCUUGCAUAAGAUGCUCACUGCACAUCUACAGCUACUGUGCUCUCUUCAAAUGAUGCAUGAGGGCCGUCAAGUAUUGCAAUACUAUAGACAGAAAAGCACACGAGCGUCGUACCACCCAAAGAUCACCGAUAUUUCCGUAUACAAUGUUCUGAUGCACGGAUAUGCUUCUAUGGGUCUGUUGGAAAACACAAAGGAAUUGCUGUCAUUCAUGGUAGAAAGUGGGGUGGAAGCUAAUGAACAAACAUACGCGGCCAUAUUUGAGUGUAUAGAACGAAGUGAAUUGAGAGACAAAGUAUCGACAUUAAAAUUUUACCACAAAAUAAUGCAAGAAAAGGGUAUAACUUUGAAUGAUAUUUUAGACAAGUCAAAGUUUCUUUACGAUCAACGUGAGCAGGUGAUUAGCGCUGUGCGUAAGAUCGAUCCAGAUUUUGAGCCACAAUAUACUCCUCCAGUAUUAGACUAUGAUUGUCCGUUGAUGGAGAAAUUAAAACUUGAUAACGUAGACGCGCGACUAGGGUUGCUCCAGUCGCCCGCUGGAGGUCUUCUUUCCCUAGAGGAGAUUAGACAGAGAGGGAAGGAACAAUUGCAAAUCGAAACAGACGGAGAUAUAGAGGUCCAGAACAUAAGUGUCAAUGAAGACGUGAUACCAGACUCGGUUAAGUUUUGUAGGAAGAAAUUAGAAGAGACUCAGAGCGAAUGGCGUGACGUCAUAAAAGAGGCUUUUAUACGGCAUCUUGGGACGUUGAAGUCGCAGAGCAACGCUUCAUAUUCAGCGAUCGCACUUUAUCCUUAUCUCAAAGUAUUGGAGGUUGACCAAUUUGUAGAUAUCAUAAUGGAUGAGAUUAGCAAACUAGUCGAUGGCAGCGAAACUUACAGUCCAACGUUUACGAUACUGCAACGAGAUCUGGGCACACAAAUAUACCACAAGUACCAGAUCGAGCAAUUCCGUCGGAACGGUGUACUAAAGAAGAUCGAGGAGAUCUAUGAGAAAUACUGUGAAUGGUACUUGCAUCGGUCGACCGGUACAGACUCGCGGCCGUACAACGCUCGCCAGGCUUGGCAGAUGUUAAUUCAUCGACAUCGCACCGGCGCUAGUCUGGAUACUGCAGAGGCACCAUGGCCAUUGGAAAUGCGACAGAAUAUUGGGAAGUUUCUCUACAACAUCAUUAUUAAUGAUGUGAAGAUCGACGUCAACAUGUUCAAGACUAAACCGAAAUCAAAGAAAUUACCCGCCGUCUACAAAGUGCACCGUCCGUGGGGCCGCCUGGUGAGGCUGGAGCUGAAGCCGCACCCGACGCUGGCGCGGCUGUGGGCGGGCGCCGCGCGGCCUCGCUUGCGCAUGCGUGCCCCGCUGCUGCCCACGCGCGCACCGCCCGCGCCCUGGAGUGCCGCGCAUGCCGGCGCCUACCUGCUCACACCCACGCCGCUCGUCAGGGACUGUAUGUUUUGGCUGCCUCACAAUAUGGACUUCCGAGGCCGCGUAUACGCUUGCCCGCCGCAUGUAUCAGCUCUAGGAGCGGACAGUGCUAGGGCUCUUCUGAAGUUCGCUAAACCACAGCCUUUGGGGCCACGGGGGCUUCGCUGGUUGAAGCUGCACGCUAUCAAUCUUACCGGUGAAUUCAAACGACAUACUGUAGAUGAAAGGCUACAACAUGCAGAGAAGAUAAUCAAUAAGAUUCUAGACUCGGCAGACCGGCCGCUGAACGGCCAAGGGUGGUGGAUGAAAUCUGAAGAGCCGUGGCAGACGCUCGCGUGUUGUAUGGAGAUAGCUAACGCUGUCCGCUCGCCUAACCCUGAGGAGUACAUGUGCGCGUUCCCCGUGCACCAAGACGGAUCGUGCAACGGGCUGCAGCACUACGCGGCGCUGGGGGGAGACGAGGCGGGAGCGUGUGCCGUCAACCUCGCGCCCGCCGACCGCCCGCGCGACGUGUACAGCGCGGUCGCUGCACUCGUAGAAGAAAUGCGCAAACGAGAUGCGGCUGCUGGCAUACAACCCGCAAUAAUCUUGGAGAACUUCGUGCGUCGGAAAGUGAUCAAGCAGACAGUCAUGACCACUGUGUACGGUGUCACCAAGUUCGGUGCUAGGCUGCAGAUUGCGAAACAACUCAAAGAUAUCGAGGAUUUCCCCAAAGACCAUGUGUGGCCGUGCUCGCAGUACCUCACCGUGAAGACAUUCGAGAGCCUAGGGAAGAUGUUCACCUCUACCAAGCUCAUACAGGACUGGUUCACGGAUUGUGCCAAGAUGAUAUCGGGCGUAUGCGGCGACAGUGUAGAAUGGGUGACUCCACUAGGACUGCCGGUGGUGCAGCCCUACUAUCGUCGCCCUGCAUCCACUAACUCCACCAACGCCUGUCGCGCGCCUCUAGACCUUCAGCAACGGCCGUGCACAAUGAAGCAGCGCAACGCUUUUCCACCAAACUUCAUCCACUCUCUGGACUCGUCGCACAUGAUGCUGACGGGGCUGCACUGCCAGGCGCGCGGCCUUACCUUCGUGUCCGUGCACGACUGCUUCUGGACGCACCCCGACACCGUGGACACCAUGAACCAGAUAUGUCGCGAGGAAUUUGUGGCGCUACACUCGCAACCGAUUUUGGACGACUUAUCCAAAUUCUUGGUGCAACGAUAUAGUUAUUCUGAAAGUGAACUGAGUGAUCAGUCGAUGGGAGCUGCGAAUAAGAAACGCGUCAACACGAUUCUACAGAAAGUACCCGGCAAAGGGACUUUCGAUCUGAAGAGCGUUCUAGAUUCCGUCUACUUCUUCAGUUGA